AAAGGCUAUAGAGAACAGUCAGUUAGCUGUGAAAUGAAACAGUGGAUUUAGGAACAAGCAGGCUCGCGAAUGUAAAAUAGACAGAUGGGGAUGCUGAAAAGGAGGUAAGAGCGAAAAUGCAACUUAGACAAGAUGAUUAUAAAGCUCAGCUAAGCCUGUCUAUAGGCUAUGGGUAUAAUUACAGAUAAUAAUCUCUCGGCUUUUCCAUUCCACUAGCAAAGUGGUUGAAUUGAAGUAACAGCCCUGGUGCUUCUUUCCUUUGCAGCCAGUGUUGAGAGAAGAGUAUGGGUGAAAUAGGGAGGAGGAGGGCUUCUCACUAAGUGCAUCUGACACAGCAGUGUGGUUCAGAGCAGCCAACGCAGGCACAGAACUGACAGGAGCUCUCACUCGCUGAUCAGGCUAGCACACACCAGGAUGGCCACAAUUCCGCUUCAGCUUUGUAGAAAUAAAACUCUUCUUUACAGAUAGGGCUUGAUAGAAAGAGGCAUUCGGGAGUCUUUAUGGAGAAGGACAAGUUAAAAAAUAAAAGACAGCAUCACUCUGAAUCCUUGAAUAUCCCUGGGGCAACUUUUCCAAAAAGUGAUUCUUCUUCAAUGUAGUCUCAAUUCAAUGGAAGAUGUAUUGUGAAGAGUGCUUGUCUCUGGGUCAUUAAGACUCAAAAAAACAAGCUGAGACUUAAAAAUACACCCUGCUUCCUUAUCCACAAUGGAGAAUCUCCGCCGGGUACGAGUCCUGGAUGAAGAUGAUGGAAAACCUUUGCCGUUCAAGGAUCUUGAUCCACACGUGGCACUCAUGAGAGUAAAAGAAGGCAGUAAAAUACGCAAUUUGGUGGGAUAUGCCUUGCCAUAUAUGAAAUCAGAGGACACAAAGCAGAUUGUGUUUAGUGCCUAUGGUCGGGCUGUUACUAAAGCCAUCACCUGUGUAGAAAUAUUGAAAAGACAAUUAGGUGGACUUUACCAGAUCACAAAAGUGCAGUACAAAAGCCUGCAGGAGGUAUGGGAGCCAAAGGGACCUGAAAUCAAGACUCCGACACCCAGUUUAACAGUUUACAAAAACUCUCCUUCUAUUUAUAUACUUCUGUCCAAAGAACCCUUAGAUCCGCAAGAAAAUGGAUAUCAAGGCCCUCAGUCAUUUCCAACUAGAGAACACAGAAAAAGAACACAUGAAUCUUUGGUUUUACCAAUUUCAGAUAAACCAUGUGAGGGCAAAGAAGAAGAAGGAUGAUGAUGAUGACCUCCAUGGUAUUAUCUCAGGAGGGACCAUGGUGUAGACAGAUUAUAAAGCAAUAUCUGUUAGGCAGCCUUCCAUUAUUCAGGGCUUUGACCUGCCUAGCGAGGAUUAACUAAGAUCUAUAAUUUUACUGAUUACUGCAGGCAAACACACAAUACAUAAAAAGCUUAAGUCAUAAAUUGUAGUGUUCAUAUCUCUCAAAACGAAUCUCAUGUUGGAAAGAUGGCAUCCAGGUGUCAUUCACUUUAAUGUUCCAUUCUGUCCUUGUUUUUGCCUUGUGUCCAACUGAAGGGUAAUAUUCCCGUAGAUAAUGUCCUUCUAUAUUACAGCUCACAUGUUGAUUAGAGGUCUACAGUCAAAUGGCAUAAGCAAAUGCUUAAUAUGUAACAAUUCAUAUAUUGUGUGUGCGUGU